CGGCCGGUCCACGUAACCAGCCGUUGCCAAAAACUCCAAGCAGUCUUUCUGAAGCAUAACAGCGGUGAGUCGCCUGGCCGUGCUGCUUCUUCCUCCCUUAACUGGAACCAUGCUGUCCUUCGCUCUCAGACAACUCACACGGCCUCUGUGCCAGCGAGCCCCCGUCCGUCUCUGUGUGCGUGGCCAGCAGUCCCACGCCGUGACAUACUCAGUGGAUGAAGAGCGUCCGUGGACGGGCCAGGAGAGCCUGGCUCAGGACGACCCCGAGAUGUGGGACCUGCUGCUGAAGGAGAAGGACCGGCAGUGCCGCGGCCUGGAGCUCAUUGCAUCUGAGAAUUUCUGCAGUCGAGCAGCUCUGGAAGCUCAGGGCUCCUGUCUGAACAACAAAUACUCUGAGGGCUACCCAGGGAAAAGAUACUAUGGUGGAGCAGAAGUGGUGGACCAGAUUGAGCUUUUGUGUCAGAAACGAGCCUUGGAGGCCUUUGACCUGGACCCAGCUCUGUGGGGAGUCAACGUCCAGCCGUACUCCGGCUCCCCCGCUAACUUUGCUGUCUACACCGCCGUGCUCAAGCCCCACGACCGCAUCAUGGGCCUGGACCUGCCCGACGGAGGACAUCUCACCCAUGGCUACAUGUCUGAUGUGAAGAGGAUCUCAGCCACCUCUAUCUAUUUUGAGUCCAUGCCUUACAAGCUAAACAUUGCAACAGGACUCAUAGACUACGACCAGCUGGAGAUGACGGCCAAGCUGUUCCGGCCCAAGCUCAUCAUCGCUGGCACCAGCGCCUAUGCCCGCCUCAUUGACUACGUCCGCAUCAAGAAGCUGUGUACCGACAUUAAGGCCUACAUGCUGGCUGACAUGGCCCACAUCAGCGGCCUGGUGGCAGCCAAAGCCAUCCCCUCUCCCUUUGACCACGCUGACCUGGUCACAUCCACCACACACAAAUCCCUCCGCGGAGCCAGGGCUGGCCUCAUCUUCUACCGUAAGGGCGUUCGCUCGGUGGACAAGAAGGGGAAGGAGAUCGUGUACGACCUUGAGGACAGGGUGAACUUCUCUGUGUUCCCCUCGCUGCAGGGCGGCCCUCAUAACCACGCCAUCGCUGGUGUGGCUGUGGCUCUCAGACAGACAAUGUCUCCCAUGUUCAAGGAGUAUAUCGGCCAGGUUAUAGUGAACUCCAAGACUAUGGCUACAGCUCUGCUCAGCAAAGGCUACACCCUGGUAUCAGGUGGGACUGAUAACCACCUUGUCCUGGUUGACCUGCGGCCUAAGGGCAUUGAUGGAGCGCGGGCCGAGCGCGUGCUGGAGCUGGUGUCCAUCACAGCCAAUAAGAACACCUGCCCCGGGGACAAGAGCGCGCUGAGUCCUGGGGGCCUCAGGCUGGGUACUCCAGCCCUGACAUCCAGACAGUUCAAAGAAGGAGACUUUGUGCAAGUUGUUGAGUUCAUGGAUGAGGGCUUCAAGAUUGCUUUGGACGUCAAGAAGAAGACAGGAAAACUCCUGGACUUCAAGAACUUUCUUCUCCAGGACUCUGAGACCGUGGCUCGCAUUGCCAACCUGCGCCACCGCGUUGAAGCUUUUGCCAGGCCCUUCCCCAUGCCAGGCUUCCACGACCAUUAGUCCAACCGACGUAGAGUCUGAGCGGCCAUGACAGCCAGGUGACAGAGGGCUGGCUGGGGAGGAGUGUAUAAGGAGAGGGAAACAAAUGUCAAUUGUGGUGGGUGCCUGUGAAUCAGGAAGACUCUCUUUCUUCCAAUCACAUCUGGAAAGGUUUUUUUAUAUUUCUUUAUCGCAGUCAUCUAUCAAUCUGUUCUUGUAAAAAUGUCGCCUCCAUGUCGAGGUCAAGAUAAAAAUAAAAUUUGACCGAUUUUUGUAGAGCCAAAGAACCUAUUUUCUAUUGUAUGUGUAAAGAUCCAUCUCAGAUGUCUUCACUAUUUCUUUCUUUUUAUGUGGAAAAACAAAACAACUCUGUGGCUUGAUUGGCGACUAAUUUGUUAUUUAAAAUAAGCGUCACUGAGAGGUCUUAAUGCUGUAAGAGUCUUAACUAAUGUCACGUAUGUGGAUUAUUAUAUUCACAUUGAGAUAUGUGCAUGAUGCUUUCUUUAGUGUUUGUGACACCAGGUACACCACGAGGCUUUGCAAGAAGUGUUCUGCCAUACCAUGUUGUGUGCUGGCCUCUACAUUUCUGUGAAGCCAAUUUUGAUGAUCAGAAAUGUACCCAAAUGAUUGUCAAUAUAUAAUUGAUGAAAGUUAGCUCUCUUCUGAAUUGUGCAACUUGUCUCCAAAAGCAGACUUUACAGGUGGACUAAAUAAUAGAAGUCGUUUACAAAGGUAGUUUCUUAAAGCAAAAGUAAAAACUCAAGAGAUUCAAAUAGUAUAACUAAAUGGUCAUUUGUAUUAAAUUGCAUUACAAAAGGACUAUGUCUGCAUCAUCAUUUUUUCUUUAGGUGUAUCAUUUAGUCAAAUGUUAACUGCUAUAUUUUUUUGUAAUUACAGAUAAACUACCAGAUGAAAUAAUAACAUAAAUGUCAACCUGAAUUAUUUUAUACUUUCAUUUGUGUGUGUUUACAGAGUAUAUACUUUUCUAUGAAUUAUUUAAAAAGAAUUAACGAAGUAACAUCCAGAAGAUAUAUGUAAAGGUUUCCAAUACCAGCUGAUUAGUUCUACUAGAAUAAAGACUAUUUAUAGUGCAGUCUGCCUGUUUUAAGUGACAUGUUUUAUUUCAACACGGUUUUCAAUGAUUGAAACUAUGAAGCAGCUUGAUUUAAAAAAAAUAAAAGUUUAUUUCUGCUUCACA